CCGUAUUUUAAUGGGUCGGUGUACGGGUCUUGACAAAACUGUUCUCAAAGUAUUGAAUGCGGCGCCGUUUUUAAGUUGCGAGCGAGCGAGCGAUCACCUCCUUCCUCGGAGAGCCAGACCAUCGUUGAAGAUUCAGGGGAGAAGAAGCCUAAACGACGCAAUUGCAGGGUUUUAGAAUGUUGGUUCAGCUUCCUCGCUUGACAAGCUCUCUUAGAGAGCCAUUCGACAUCGAUCAGGCGUACCUUCGCCGCAAAACUAUACUCCAAACUCUUAAUAAGCCUCGCAGCUCCGGGAAUCGCCAUGAUGAAUCUGAGCUUGCUAGGAGAAUAGUUCAUCAAUGGGAAGGAGCUUCUCCAGAAGUGCGUCAAGCAUACAAGCAGUUUAUUGGAGCUGUAGUGGAGUUGAUUGAUCGGGAAGUUCCAUCAGAUGAGUUUCGUGAGGUUGCUUUUGCCGCAUAUCGUCUGUUUAGCAAGCCAGCGGAGGACAGUGAUUUCAAUGAUAAAAGCAUUGCCGAAAAGAAGUUAGAAUUGCAAAAUCUUGUUGGACAUGCUGCCUCAGAUGCUAAUGUAAAAAACGUAUCCUCCUUAGCUCGGGCACUCUACUCAAUACAGCCUACUCAUCAGCCUGAGACAUAUCCUGAAGAGGUUGAUGAUGGAGUUGAGUUUGGUGCCGACCUUGUUUUCAAUCUACCAGCUCGGUUUCUGGUAGACGCAUCUCUUGGCGAAAUAGGAUUUCAGGAUGUCGAAAGCAAUGACGCUCAUGCAACAUUUUCUGAAGGAUGGAAUGAUGUCAGCGAUACGACAAAAAAUCUUAGUGCAGGAAAAUUUGAUUUGAGUUGGCUUAGAGAUGCAUGCGGGCAGAUGGUUAGAGAAAGCAAUUCACAACUUUCCCGUGAUGAACUGGCUAUGGCUAUAUGCAGGUUUCUGGAUUCAGAUAAGCCUGGUGAGGAGAUAGCUGGAGACUUGUUGGACCUUGUUGGGGAUAGCGCAUUUGAGAUUGUUCAAGACCUUAUCAUGCAUCGGAAAGAAAUUGUUGAUGCCAUCCAUCAUGGUCAGAUGAUUCUCAAGUCUGACAAAACGGCAUCAAACACCCAAACUCGGAUGCCUACCUAUGGCACACAGGUUACUGUUCAAACAGAAUCUGCAAAGCAAAUUGAGAAACUUCGGCGUAAGGAGGAAAAGAAAAACAAACGGAGUGCUGAACUUGGUUUAGAGAGUGAAAUAUCAGAGGCCAAUUUUUCUUAUUUACUUGAAGCAAGUGAAAAGAAAACUGGAUUUGAGGAUUUGAUCGGGUCGGGAGAAGCUAAUUCUCUUGCGGUUGCUCUUCCCCAAGGUACUGUAAGGAAGCACUCAAAAGGAUAUGAGGAAGUUUUUAUCCCGCCAACCCCUACCGCACAAUUGAAACCUGGCGAGAAGCUGAUUGAGAUAAAAGAACUAGACGACUUCGCUCAAGCUGCUUUUCAUGGUUACAAAACCUUAAACCGUAUUCAGAGUCGAAUAUUUCAGACAGUUUACAACACCAAUGAGAAUAUAUUGGUCUGUGCUCCAACAGGAGCGGGGAAAACAAAUAUAGCUAUGAUUUCUGUUUUACAUGAAAUUAAACAACACUUCAGGGAUGGCUACUUGCACAAAAACGAGUUUAAGAUUGUUUAUGUAGCUCCUAUGAAGGCGUUAGCGGCAGAGGUCACAUCAGCUUUUAGCCGUCGUCUAGCUCCAUUAAAUAUGGUUGUGAAGGAGCUUACAGGGGAUAUGCAACUCACCAAAAAUGAACUUGAAGAAACUCAGAUGAUAGUGACAACACCAGAGAAAUGGGAUGUCAUUACUCGCAAAAGCAGCGAUAUGGCAUUGUCAAUGCUAGUAAAACUCUUAAUAAUUGAUGAAGUGCAUCUUCUGAAUGAUGAUAGAGGUGCAGUGAUUGAAGCACUAGUUGCUCGGACUCUCCGUCAGGUAGAGUCAACACAGACAAUGAUAAGAAUCGUCGGCCUGUCAGCCACUUUGCCUAGCUACCUACAGGUUGCUCAGUUCUUAAGAGUGAAUCCAGACACUGGCCUUUUCUAUUUUGAUUCGAGUUAUCGCCCAGUUCCCUUAGCUCAGCAGUAUAUAGGCAUCACCGAGCAUAACUUUGCUGCUAGAAACGAAUUGUUAAAUGAGAUAUGUUACAAAAAGGUUGUUGAUUCGAUUAAACAAGGUCAUCAAGCAAUGAUUUUUGUUCAUUCCCGAAAAGACACUUCAAAAACAGCAGAGAAACUGGUUGAUCUUGCCGGGAAAUACGAGACUCUGGAUUUGUUCUCGACUGAGACUCAUCCUCAAUUCCAUCUGAUAAAGAAAGAUGUCAUGAAGUCCAGAAAUAAGGAUCUUGUCAAAUUAUUUGAAGCUGGGUUCGGGAUUCAUCAUGCUGGGAUGUUGCGGUCUGAUAGAACACUUACGGAAAGACUGUUUUCUGAUGGACUCUUGAAGGUGCUUGUUUGCACUGCAACUCUUGCCUGGGGUGUAAAUCUGCCUGCACAUACAGUCGUAAUUAAGGGAACACAAUUGUAUGAUGCCAAGGCUGGUGGGUGGAAAGACCUGGGAAUGCUUGAUGUCAUGCAGAUCUUUGGAAGGGCUGGGAGACCGCAGUUUGACAAGAGUGGUGAGGGAAUUAUCAUCACAUCUCAUGACAAGCUGGCAUACUAUCUUCGGCUGCUGACAAGUCAACUUCCCAUUGAAAGUCAGUUCAUAAGCUCUUUGAAAGACAAUUUAAACGCAGAAGUGGUUUUGGGAACUGUGACUAAUGUUAAGGAAGCCUGUGCUUGGCUUGGAUAUACAUAUUUGUCCAUUCGGAUGAGGUUAAAUCCUUUGGCUUAUGGCGUUGGAUGGGACGAGAUAAUUGCCGACCCUUCUUUAUCAAUGAAGCAACGAGCCCUUGUGGCUGAUGCUGCACGUUCACUCGACAAAGCUAAGAUGAUGAGGUUUGAUGAGAAAAGUGGAAAUUUUUACUGUACCGAGCUUGGACGGGUUGCAAGUCACUUCUAUAUUCAAUAUUCUAGUGUUGAAACAUACAACCAAAUGUUGAAGAGGCACAUGAAUGAAAGCGAGAUAAUUGAUAUGGUUGCCCAUUCUUCUGAAUUUGAAAAUAUUGUCGUAAGAGAGGACGAGCAGAAUGAACUUGAGACUCUUGCACGCUCUUGCUGUCCCUUGGAAGUUAAGGGAGGCCCUUCUAACAAACAUGGAAAAAUUUCGAUUCUCAUUCAGUUAUACAUAUCUCGUGGGUCAAUUGAUUCAUUUUCCCUGGUCUCUGAUGCUUCAUAUAUCAGUGCUAGUUUAGCACGUAUAAUGCGUGCCCUGUUCGAGAUAUGCUUGCGAAAAGGGUGGUGUGAGAUGACUUUAUUUAUGUUGGAAUACUGCAAGGCAGUUGAUCGUCAACUGUGGCCUCAUCAACAUCCUCUUCGGCAAUUCGAUAGGGAUAUACAUUUUGAUACGUUGAGAAAACUUGAAGAGCGAGGGGUUGACUUAGACCGUUUGUAUGAUAUGGAGGAAAAGGACAUUGGAGCGCUGAUUCGUUACAAUCCUGGGGGAAGGUUGGUCAAGCAACAUCUAGGAUAUUUUCCUUCAAUUCAGCUGACAGCUACUGUUAGUCCAAUCACGCGCACUGUGUUGAAGGUGGAUUUGCUUAUAACACCAGAUUUCAUAUGGAAGGAUCGUUUUCAUGGUGCUGCUCUUCGCUGGUGGAUUCUCAUUGAGGACACAGAGAAUGAUUAUAUCUACCACUCAGAUCUUUUCACACUAACGAAGCGGAUGGCUAGAGGGGAACCGCAAAAGCUUUCUUUUACUGUGCCUAUAUUUGAACCACAUCCACCGCAAUACUAUGUUCAUGCUGUUUCUGAUUCUUGGUUGCAUGCAGAGUCUUUCUACACAAUCUCUUUCCACAAUCUUGCACUACCAGAGGCACGAACGUCUCACACAGAGCUUCUAGACUUGAAACCUCUUCCUGUGACUUCUCUUGGGAAUAGGUUGUAUGAAUCGCUUUACAAAUUUUCACAUUUCAAUCCAAUACAGACUCAGAUUUUUCAUGUGUUAUAUCACACAGACAACAAUGUUCUAGUAGGAGCUCCAACUGGAAGUGGGAAAACUAUAUCUGCUGAACUUGCAAUGUUGCGUCUCUUCAGUACCCAGCCUGAUAUGAAGGUUGUUUACAUAGCACCACUAAAAGCUAUUGUUCGAGAAAGAAUGAAGGAUUGGAAAAAGCAUCUUGUGGCUCCACUUGGAAAACAAAUGGUUGAAAUGACUGGAGAUUACACUCCAGAUUUAGUAGCUCUGUUGUCUGCAGAUAUUAUCAUAUCUACCCCUGAGAAAUGGGAUGGCAUUAGUCGUAAUUGGCAUACUCGAAGUUAUGUCAAAAAGGUCGGCCUUGUUAUUUUGGAUGAGAUUCACUUACUAGGAGCCGACAGAGGACCCAUCCUUGAGGUUAUUGUGUCUAGAAUGAGAUACAUAUCAUCACAGACAGAGCGGGCCGUUCGGUUUGUUGGUCUUUCUACUGCUCUGGCAAAUGCAGGUGAUUUGGCUGACUGGCUGGGUGUUGGGGAAAUCGGACUUUUCAAUUUUAAACCAAGUGUCAGACCUGUACCAAUUGAAGUUCAUAUUCAGGGUUAUCCUGGAAAGUAUUACUGCCCCAGGAUGAAUAGCAUGAACAAGCCUGCAUAUGCAGCCAUAUACGAACAUCCGCGGCAAUUUCUGAGUGUGUCAGAGGAAGACUUGCAGAUGGUCCUUUCUCAGAUCACUGACCAGAACCUCCGACAUACGUUGCAAUUUGGCAUUGGAUUGCAUCAUGCAGGUUUGAAUGACCACGAUAGAUCUGUAGUGGAAGAGCUUUUCGUGAACAACAAGAUUCAGGCACUUCCCUUAACUUAUGCCCUCUCCGGCCUUAUUGUUUACACCCAUGAUUACGAUUUUACAUCAAAGAGUGAUGAUGGAUGCCAUGCUUCCAUUUCAGGUUUUGGUCUCAACAAGUACCUUGGCAUGGGGAGUGAACCUACCAGCUCACUUAGUUAUUAUAAAGAGAUCUUGCAAAUGAUGGGGCGUGCAGGACGUCCACAGUUUGAUCAACACGGGAAAGCGGUUAUUCUUGUACAUGAACCCAAAAAAAGCUUCUACAAAAAGUUCUUGUACGAACCAUUCCCGGUAGAAAGUAGCCUGGAAGGGAAGUUGCACGAUCACUUUAACGCAGAAAUAAUCUCUGGGACAAUCGGCAACAAAGAAGACGCCGUGCACUAUCUUACAUGGACGUAUUUGUUUCGUAGACUGAUGGCUAAUCCUGCUUACUAUGGGCUAGAAGGUACUCAGGAUGAAACAGUGUGUGCCUUCUUAUCAAGAUUGGUGCAAAACACGUUUGAUGAUCUUGAAGACAGUGGAUGCCUCAAAGUAACGGAGGAUGGUGUAGAGCCUAUGAUGCUGGGUACAAUAGCAUCACAGUAUUACCUUUCCUACAUGACUGUGUCUAUGUUUGGUUCUAAUAUAGGGCCCGACACGUCGCUCGAAGCAUUUUUGCAUAUUUUGGCGGGAGCGUCUGAGUAUGAUGAACUUCCUGUGCGGCACAAUGAGGAAAAUUACAACAAAACGCUGUCAGAGAAAGUUCGGUAUCCCGUGGAUAAGAACCAUCUAGAUGAUCCUCAUGUGAAGGCGAAUCUGCUCUUCCAGGCACAUUUUUCUCAGUUGGCACUUCCAAUCAGUGAUUAUAACACGGAUCUAAAGUCAGUCUUGGACCAAAGCAUCCGAAUCCUCCAGGCCAUGAUUGAUAUCUGCGCAAACAGUGGAUGGCUCUCAAGCUCACUGACGUGCAUGCAUCUCUUGCAAAUGGUCAUGCAGGGCAUGUGGUCGGAUCAAGAUUCGUCAUUAUGGAUGAUUCCAUGCAUGAAUGAUGAUCUUCUAGGAUCUCUAACCGCGAGAGGAAUCCACACGCUGCAUCAGCUAUUAGAUCUUCCAAGAGAAACUCUAAAAAGUGUAAUCGGAAACUUCCCUGCAUCCAAAUUAUCUCAGGAUCUCCAGCGAUUUCCGCGGAUCCGAAUGAAUGUGAGGCUCCAAAAGAAGAAUUCUGAUGACAAGAAGAAGCCUUCGACGCUGGAAAUCAGAUUGGAGAAGACAUCAAAGAGUAAUAGCUCGAGGGCGUUGGCCCCUCGGUUCCCAAAGGUGAAAGACGAAGCGUGGUGGUUGGUUCUAGGUGAUACUUCAACUUCGGAACUCUUUGCUGUGAAGAGAGUUUCGUUCACUGGUCGUCUAAUUACACGAAUGGAGUUACCUCCCAACAUAAACUCUCUUCAGGAUACGAAACUAAUCUUGGUUUCGGAUUGUUAUUUGGGAUUUGAGCAAGAACACUCCAUUGAACAACUUGCACGUCGCUGAUGAGCCAUCAGAUGAUGAUUGAUACGAGGGAGUCGCUGAUGAGCCCUUAUUUUAAUGGAACUUUUUUGAUGCUGACGAAAUUCAGCAUUUUUUUUCUUUUGUUAAUGUAAAACCAAAAUCAACAAAAAUGCAAAUGUUAUACGGUCUUACCCGUUUUGGGACUAAAUAGUAGUUUAGGAGUUAACUUUUUUGUUAACACAAAGGAUAAUACACCAUCUAUAAUUAUUUUAAUUAGUAUUAUAUCAUACAAUAUAUAAAAGUUGAAGGCAUAGUGCA